UACGCGAUGACGUAGAGCCUUACGUUUCCGCGAGCCGAAAAUGGCGGAGUACCUGGCGUCCAUUUUCGGCACUGAGAAAGACAAAGUCAAUUGUUCCUUCUACUUCAAAAUUGGAGCUUGCAGACAUGGUGAUCGCUGCUCACGAUUGCACAACAAACCAACUUUCAGCCAGACGAUCUUGAUUCAGAACAUCUACCGUAAUCCCCAGAACAGUGCCCAGACAGCAGACGCAUCUCGCUGCGCUGUCAGCGAUGUGGAAAUGCAGGAGCACUACGACGAGUUCUUUGAGGAGGUGUUCACAGAAAUGGAGGAGAAAUAUGGAGAGGUGGAGGAAAUGAACGUCUGUGACAACCUUGGCGAUCACCUUGUGGGCAAUGUUUAUGUUAAGUUUCGUCGUGAGGAAGAUGCAGAGAAAGCUGUCAUGGACCUGAACAACCGGUGGUUUAAUGCGCAGCCCAUCCACGCAGAACUGUCCCCUGUCACUGACUUCAGGGAAGCCUGCUGUCGGCAGUAUGAAAUGGGGGAAUGCACUCGAGGUGGAUUCUGCAAUUUUAUGCAUCUGAAACCUAUUUCAAGGGAACUUAGGAGGGAGUUGUAUGGACGCCGAAGGAAAAGCAGGCACAGGUCUCGCUCUCGUUCUAGGGAGCGACGUUCCCGCUCCAGGGAUCGGCGGAGGGACCGUGAGAAGCGAAGGUCAAGGGAUCGGGAGCGCUCUGGAAGAUUCUAAAGGAAGCAAAACUGUCCAAAAUCUAGCCCAAUUAUCCAUAGCUGUACCAACAGUUAUUUUCUUUUUUGUGAAUUGUUAACUGUUUUCCUUUUAUUCCCUUUUUUAAAGAUGAGCUUGUGUCGCUUUCUCAAUAAAAACAGAUUUGUAACUCUG